AUGCCUUCACUCUUUAGGUUAAACGUCUGGUCGCUGACCCUCGCCAUCUCGGCCACACCAUCCCUCGCGCACCCGCUCUUCAAUGGGAAAAUAAUCGAAAGGGCAGCUGAGCUGCUUCCCGCCUAUGACUUCGUCGUGGUCGGUGGUGGAGCAGCAGGCCUGACCGUUGCCAACCGACUCUCCGAAGUGCCAGCAAAGGCUGACCCUCGGUAUAGCGACCUGGAUGAGGAUUAUACCACGAUUCCUGGGCUGGCGGGUGGAGCAGUCGGAACCAAGUACGACUGGAACACCACUUAUGCCCCCCAACCCAAUUUGGCGGACCGGGUAGUUACGAUCCCCCAAGGGAAAGUCGUGGGUGGAUCGACCAAAUUGAACCGCAUGGUCUUCGACCGUGGUGCCCGAUCCGAUUUCGAUGGUUGGGCGGCCCUGGGCAACAAAGGCUGGGAUUUCGCAUCGAUGCUCCCAUACUACAAGAAGUAUGAGACCAUGUCACCACCGAAUAGCGAGAUCACGACUGAGUAUCCGGACCUCAACUACUCUCCGGAAUUCUAUGGUCAAUCCGGCCCGAUCCAAGCCACCUUCUCUCCUUGGUUCUGGCCGUAUACCAAGAACACUGUGCAAGCCGCAAAGGCGAUGGGUAUUCCCAUCAACGACCAGGCAAGCGGACGCGCCUUUGGUGGCUACUUCUGCCCUCAUAACUUGGAUCCUGUCGAGGUUACCCGCCAAUCAGCUGAAGAGGCUUACUACUCACCUGCCUCCAGUCGAGCAAACUACCACAUUUUGACCGGCAACGCUGUUACCAAGAUCGUGACAAAAAGAGUAAAGGGAGCUGUCAAGGUGACCGGGGUCGAGUUUGUCGCCUCUGCCAAAGGUCCAGUACGGAAAGUAUCUGUCAAGAAGGAAGCCAUCGUCGCUGCCGGAGCACUUCAUUCGCCGCAGCUUCUCCAACAUUCUGGCAUUGGUGAUGCGACUCUCCUGAAAUCCCUGAACAUAUCGACUGUGGUAAAUCUUCCCGCCGUUGGACACAACCUGCACGACCACGUCUCUAUUGUUCUCGUUAAUACGAUCACUGCUCCCUUCAUCCAGAACAGCCUAACCAGCAAUGCCACCCAGCUGGCGGAAGCCAGACAGCAAUACGACUCGGAGCGCACGGGUCCCCUGGCCUCUCCCACGGCCGACUUCCUCAUGUUCCUACCGCUCUCGAUGAUGGGCAAUAACUCGGCCGCCAUGGCCAAGCAAGCCGCCGCCGGCUCCCCCUCGGUGUCGCUGCCAGCCGACGUUCCCGCCGAGGUCGCCAAGGGCUACGCGGCUCAAUACGCCCUGCUGAACAAGAAGCUGCUCGCCACGGACGCGGCUAUCAUCGAAGUGAUCGUCGACCACGGCGUCGUUAUUCUCGGCCUGCAACACCCAUACUCGCGUGGUAGCGUGAAGGCGACAUCCAAAAGCCCCUUUGACAACCCCGUCGCCGACCUGGGACUCCUGCGCAACCCGCUCGACAAGGCCCUCCUCCGCGAGGGUAUCUCCUUCGCGCGCCGCUUCGUCAAGGCUCGUGGGUUUGCCGAGCUCCAACCCGUCGAGAUCGUCCCGGGUGGCGAUGUCACGAGCAAUGAAGCCCUCGACGCGUUCCUCGAAGCGUCGACCGCGACCUUGUAUCACCCGGCUGGUACGUGCAAGAUGGGUGCGAGAGCCCAAGGCGGUGUGGUCGACACCCAGCUCAAGGUGUACGGUGUGGAGGGACUGAGGGUUGUCGACUCCAGUGUGAUUCCGAUUUUGCCGGCGUCUCACACCAUGACGACGGUGUAUUCCGUGGCGGAGAAGGCAGCGGAUAUCAUCAAGGCUGCACACUACAAGACGGGUGGACGAAGAGUUUCUGGAGGUGCUUCUGGAAGUACUACUGGAAAAGGUGCUUCUGGGGGUGCUUCUGGGGGUGCUUCCGGAAGUGCUUCUGGAAGUACUACUGGAAAAGGUUAUGGAACUGGUUAUCCAUCAACCCCUUAUCCAUCGACCCCCCAACGCGGCUCCGGUGGUUACUAA